UUUGUGGCCGCUCUACUCACAGGGAGCACCUCGUAUCAACCGCGAGGGUUUUACUUGUAAUCCAACAACCCCAGCUUUAAAAGAAACUGGCAGCAUGGAAGAGCCCUCUAAUCCACCGGUCCGGCGGCUGGUGCCCAUGGCCGCCGCUCAGCUUGCGCGCGCAAACGCACCCGAUGACCCUUUGCUGCUACGGUAGCUGGAGUCGUCCUCCUGGAGGAAAACGUACACAUUCAGCGUGAGGACACUUUGGCUACGAUCCACGACUCCCCCCCCGUUCCCCCUCUUCCCUCCGACUGGCACAGAGAAGAGUGUGAGAGACCGAGUGAGGGAACGUGGGAAAGAGGAAGACGAUGUACCAAACGCUGCUUCUGUCCUCCUCCCUCCUCAUCCUUCAUGUGAUGGGCAGUCCACAGUUCUUCGCUCACCACGGGAGGAGGGUGUGUGGCCAAAACCUCCGUCACAGCGUUGCCAUGGCAACAGAGUCAUACGUCCAACCGGUGCACAAGCCCUACAUCACCCUGUGUCAGGGGCAUCGCCUCUGCAGCACAUACAAGACUGUGUACUCAGUGGCGUACCGGCAGGUGAGCAGAUCGGCACCUCCUUCGUAUUUCUACUCAGAGUGCUGCCCGGGCUGGCGGAGGUUUCACUCUCACAACUGCAACCAAGCUGUGUGUGGACAUCCCUGUGGGAAUGGAGGUACCUGCUUGAGACCCAACCAGUGUGCGUGUCCGCUAGGCUGGACAGGAAAUCAAUGUCAAACAGAUGUCGAUGAGUGUAGCGAGCAGCGGCCGUGCGCCCACGAGUGUGUGAACACAGCUGGCAGCUAUCGAUGUGCGUGCAGAGACGGCUUCAUGCUUGCCGGAGAUGGCCGUUCCUGUCAAGGCCUUCCUCCUCCUCCUCCACCUCCUCCUCCCCCUACCACCCAGACCAGCCAGGCAACAGUGGGUGGUCACACUGAUACGGGUGGAGGGCUCAGCCAGAUGGAGAAUGUGACGGAGGAGGUGCAGAGCCUGAGGAACAGAGUAGAGCUCCUGGAAAAGAAGCUGCAGCUGGUGUUGGCCCCCUUCAGCAGCUUCUUCCCACUGUCGCUGGACGAGGGCUGGUCAGAGAAAACCACCUUAUUGUCCCACUCCUUCCAGCAAUUGGACCGCAUCGACUCCCUGAGUGAGCAGAUUGGCUUUCUGGAGGAGCGCAUCGGCACAUGUUCUUGCCAGGAGAAUUAGCCACUGAACACGAGCCACAAAAUUUCCAGACAUCUCCCAUGAAGUUACACAGCCUGUCAGAGAUCGUACGCACCAAGAUGGCUGCCGUUUGAAAGAAAGGGGGACGGCAGAAAGCAGAAACAGCCUCAGUGACGCACACAUCGCACAAAUCAUCAUCUGUGAUUUUCACUAUUCCCAACAGCUUCAUUUACUUUUCUCCUUGAAUCACUGUCAAAUAUCUUGAUUUUGUAACAGUACCUGUGGCAGGGUCACGUUCAGCAUGACAUCAUCCCUGGAACAUCUGAAUGAAUCCCCCUGAGGGUCAAAAGUCAAACUGGCCACUUUGUUUCCGUGUUUGUUUUGCAUCAGUGCAGCUGUGUUCUCUGUCCUGGGGCAGACGUGGACAUCUGUAUUUAUCUAUUUAAAUUAUGAUUACGUCUUAGUUAUUUCUCAGUGCUCCGAUAGACAUUUUUAACUAGUUUUGUAACAUUUUGUAAUAAAAACGUUUUAAUCAAAA